AUGAAAAGAUAGUGUCUAAUUUAAAUCCCGACAGGAGAGAAAGCUAAAACCAAUAAAAGAAAAUUUGUAAAAAUAAUUAAAACAAGUCAUAAUAAAUUAAAAAGAAAAAAAACAAAAAUAGUGAUCAAGCCUUUUAAGGAGAGAAGCAAUUAAUAUUUAAAUAAAAAAUUGAAAAAGGAAAUCAUUUAAGUAAAAUAGAAAUCUGAGCCUAUUUUACUAGGUGUAAACUCAUAGUUAAAUUUAAUAUUUAGGUAACAAGCUGAUUGA